CCGGAUCCCGGACCCCCCGAUGGCUGCGGAAGGGGGGCUCGCUUCGGCCCUGGGGCGCGGAGCCGCUGCCCGGCGGUGAAAGUGCCCGACAAAAGGAGCAGGCGUGAGCUCGCUUCACUUCGCUCCGAGCCGCGGCUCGCCUGGAAGCGCCGCGGUCUGGCUGCGGCGGGGGGUUGCUUUAGUCCCAGUCUGGAGCCCAGGGAGAGGAGCUGGAAGCCGAAGCGCUCCUGAAGGCUGCCCCGGUUUCUGGUGGUUUCCCCGGGGGAUUUUCCCCGCCCCAGGAUUGCACGAUCGCCCCCGAUUCCCCCCGGGCUGGGCGCGCUGGGAUUUGCUGAUUAUGGAGACGGUGGAAAAGGAGUGCGGGGCCCUGGGUGGCCUUUUCCAAGCCAUCGUCAAUGACAUGAAGAGCUCCUACCCCAUCUGGGAAGAUUUCAACUCCAAGGCAACUAAGCUGCACUCCCAGCUCAGGACUACGGUGCUGGCAGCAGUCGCCUUCCUGGAUGCCUUCCAGAAAGUGGCAGACAUGGCCACCAACACACGAGGAGCCACGAGAGACAUCGGCUCGGCCCUGACCCGGAUGUGCAUGCGGCACCGCAGCAUCGAGGCCAAGCUGAGGCAGUUCACCAACGCCCUGAUGGAGAGUCUCGUCAACCCCCUGCAGGACAGGAUUGAGGACUGGAAGAAAACGGCCAACCAACUGGACAAGGACCAUGCGAAAGAGUACAAGCGAGCCCGCCAUGAGAUAAAGAAGAAAUCCUCUGACACACUGAAGCUGCAGAAGAAGGCCCGCAAAGGGAAGGGGGACCUACAGCCCCAGCUGGACAGUGCUCUCCAAGACGUCAAUGACAUGUACCUCCUGAUGGAAGAGACUGAGAAGCAGGCUGUCCGCAAGGCCCUCAUUGAGGAGCGGGGCCGCUUCUGCACCUUCAUCACCUUCUUGCAGCCAGUGGUGACUGGAGAGAUCACCAUGCUGGGAGAGAUCACUCACCUGCAGGGCAUCAUGGAGGACCUGGUGGUGCUGACGGCAGAGCCGCACAAGCUGCCGCCUGCCAGCGAGCAGGUAAUCAAAGACCUGAAAGGCUCUGACUACAGCUGGUCCUACCAGACUCCUCCAUCCUCCCCCAGCAGCUCUGGCUCCCGCAAGUCCAGCAUGUGCAGCAGUGUUAACAGUACAAAGGGUGGCACCGCUUGGUCCAGCACGUCCCAAACAUACUCACCAGGUUCCACCUAUCGCUACCACAGCCUGGCGCAGCCGGUGAACGCCAACACCCGCCUGUCCAGCGUCUCCUCCCAUGACUCUGGCUUCAUCUCCCAGGAUGCCACAUACUCCAAGCCACCUUCGCCGAUGCCAUCUGACAUCACUAGUCAGAAGUCCUCCAGCUCCGCAUCCUCCGAGGCCUCGGAAACCUGCCAAUCAGUUAGUGAAUGCAGCUCCCCCACCUCGCUGAAACCUAUGAAUGUAGCUCAUGUGGCCAGGACUGACAGAAGCUCCCGAAGAAGCCUGAGCCUGGAUUGGUCCAAGGCCAGUCCUUAUGACCAGCCGGUGGUCAGCACACUGCAGCGGAGGAAGGACCGUGUGGAGCAUCUGCGGGAGGCCGAGCUGGGCACUGCCAGCGUGGGGUAUCCGGGAAUUAACUUGGAAGAUGUGCCCAGGCCCAGGAUGUCCCCGGCUACCAUCGCUGCCAAGCAUGGCGAGGAGGUGUCCCCUGCUGCCAGCGACCUGGCCAUGGUGCUCACCCGCGGCCUGAGCCUCGAACACCAGAAGAGCAGCCGGGAUUCCCUGCAGUACUCCAGUGGCUACAGCACCCAGACCACUACUCCGUCCUGCUCAGAAGACACCAUCCCGUCUCAAGGCUCGGAUUACGACUGCUACUCGGUGAACGGCGAUGUGGAGUGUGACAGCCAGAGCGAGUUUGACAAAUCCUCCACCAUCCCACGCAACAGCAACAUCGCCCAGAACUACCGCCGCAUGAUCCAGACCAAGCGCCCCGCCUCCACCGCCGGGCUGCCCACCGGGACCCCCCUGCCGGCCAGCGCCCCCCCCGGCGUGGCCACCAUCCGCCGCACGCCCUCCACCAAGCCCUCAGUGCGUCGCACCCUCUCCAACGCUGGGCCCAUCCCCAUCCGGCCCCCUAUUGUCCCAGUGAAGACCCCCACGGUGCCCGACUCCCCUGGCUACACUGGGCCCACCCGGGUGGGCAGUGAAGAGUGUGUGUUUUACGCCGAUGACGCCUCACCAAACGCCAUGGACUUCGCCAAAGCCUCGCCCAAGAGGCUGAGCCUCCCCAACACGGCCUGGGGCAGCAACGCCAUGGAGAUCUCGGUGUACCCGGGGCCAGGGCAGCACCUCUCUGCCGAGGAAGAGGAGGACCAGCAGCUGGCCGCCAACCGGCACAGCCUGGUGGAGAAGAUUGGUGAGCUGGUGGCCAGUGCCCAUGCCCUGGGCGAGGGCCAGUUCCCCUUCCCCACCGCUCUCUCUGUCCCUGGCCCUGGAGAGGAGACGCCCACUCUGCCCCCAGCUGCAUCCAGCGAGCCCCCCGCUGAAGACAUGCUGGUAGCCAUCCGGCGCGGCGUGCGCCUGCGCAGAACCAUCACCAACGACAGAUCCGCCCCCCGGAUAUUGUGAUGACACCCCGCUGCCGCCCCUCCCUCCCAGCGCACCCCAUGGGAAGAGAGCAAACACAGGGCCGGGCUGAGUGUAGAAGAGAAAUCAAUCCAGUAAAGAAUCACAGAGGCAAAGCCACUUUAUGGAGCUAGAGACCAAUUUAGAUUUAAAUGGAAAUUAAAAGUCUUUGCUAACAGACUCACAAGGCGCCGCCUAGGAGGCACUGAACUGGUUUUGGAGCCUAUUUUAUAUUUCAUUUCUCACGCCCUCGUCGUUCCCCAUCCCCUGCCCACACCUUGCUCCUGGCUGUUAAAGACUCCUCGCUGCCAGCAGGAGUCAGCGCUACAAGAGGGGGCACCCCCACUGUGUGUUGGGGGGGCACAAACCUGGACUCGAAUAAGUAGCUAUAUAAUAAGUAUAAAGAACACACACAGAUAGACACACACACAACGCCAAGGACCGCUAGCUGCUGUCCUCCACAAGCCACCUCCCUCCUCUUCCUCUGGACGGAAGAUGCACGGAGUCCUGUGCUGAGCAUCUGACCACCUCCCUCCUCUCUCCUCCCUCCCUCCCUCCCUCGUGGCUGCAGUGAAAAGAGUCACCAGAGCACCAGCGGAGUGGAGAGCGUUCCUGGCACACUCUGAGGUGCUUUGGUGUCACAGGCCUUUGCUGGGGGAGCAGCUGCCCCCACACGUGUGCCCCCUGGGAGCGGGUUUUGGGGCUAGCACUUCACAGUCUCCUGUUGAAAACUUGGCAAUGUGCAAAAGGCCAGGCUCUCCUCCCCUCCCGAUUAGCUGAGCUGCGGAAGGACUUCCCCGGCUCUGUCCAGCGUGUCCAGCUUUCAGGCCAGUGGCCAUGGGGUACAGGUGUUUCUCAGGAGGUUAGACUGCUUGUGUGGGUCUCUAGCCAUAAAGCGACAAGGCAGGGGUCAGGGUGCCCAGUCACAGCUCUGUGCCAGGUGCUCAGAUACAGCAGCGUUGGUAAUUUAAAGGAACCGGCCUGCUUUUCCCCGCAUCCAGCUUCGCAGUCGGCCUUAGCCUGGGACUGGUAACCCAAGUACAGGGUAAAGGGGCUGCCAGAUAGCUAUGAAUCCAGCAGGCUUCUGCUCGGUGUGCUCGCGAGUGUCCCAGGGGAUCUGGGGUUGGGUGUCCUGAAGCUGUUUGUGCAAUAUAGUCCCCAUCUGGGUGUUUGAAUGAGUGUGUGUCAGGCUGGGGGGGGUGCACAUGUGCCCAGCUGGGGGUGGAUGCAGGAUUUUGCAGUGUGGCGAGGAGUGCAUCUGCCCACACUCACUCCUGCUCACCACAACAGUCGUAGCCACCAGAUCAGCACAAACACAGCACGCUGACAUCAGUGGUUCAGCUGCACAGGGCCGGGACGGUCAGCACCAGGCCCCAGUGGAUGUGUCAUGGCAAAGGGCCCUGGAGCUGAGAGGCCCAUCGCUGGCAUUACGCUACGCAGGGCUGUGCCGCUGGGACUUGGUGCCCUGAACCGUCCCUUUCCCAGUAAGAUGCUGUCCCAUGAGGAAUGGGAAUCUCAGGUCUUGCUCAGGGCCAUUCUCCCCCAGACCCUCCCAGACUCACAGCCAGUCACACCUACUCCACACACAGUGCCAUUGAAAAGCAUGGGGACUCCUCACACAGGAAGGUGUUACUCAGUGGGAAUAAAGGUGGCAGAAUGAGACCUGCUUCUUUUACAAAACACCCAUUAGCUUCAGUGGUUACAAGGUGAGCAGAGCUGGCAGCCAGAGCCCACGAGCCCCACUGGAGUUCUGCCUCAGUGAGGACACCGUUCUCACUGGGACACAUGGGGGCCCUAGGUCACAGCUCCUUGUCAUUGAGCUCUGAUGGUAAAUGUAACGCUGCUUCGCCCAAGGCCACCUAGAGCUAAUGGUCAUGAGUGUCCCAAUAAUCAUGGCCUCUUGGCAUCUCCCAGCACUAGGUUCCUGGGAAUCUGCUUUCCCACUCCUGCCACCCUGAUGGGGUGCUGCAUCCUUCCUCAGAAAUCAAUGGCAAAACCAUAGACCGUGGCAUGAUCACUGUCCCCCUAUUAACUGGAUUUCGAGUCAGAGGCAAUAGAGCCACAGAAGCAUUAAUAAAUAAUAAUAAUAAAAUAAUAAUUGGAGAUAUACCACUCUCCUAGAACUGGAAGGGACCUUGAAAGGUCAUUGAGUCCAGUCCCCUGCCUUUACUAGCAGGACCAAUUUUUGCCCCAUAUCCCUAGGUGGCCCCCUCAAAGAUUGAACUCACAACCCUGGGUUUAGCAGGCUAGUGCUCAAACCACUGAGCUAUCCCCC